AUCACAGACAAGAGCGGUCCGGACUCUUCUUUCUAUGUCAUCAGGGACGACUUGCUCCAUCCUCUAAUCAAUGGCAACAAAGCGAGGAAGCUGGACGCAGUGCUUCCUCUUCUGGAGGAUCACUCGGUGACUGAUGUGAUUCAAUCAUUUGUUUGACCAUGGAGUAUGUCCAUUCAAUUCGCAUGACAUUCUGCUGGGACAUUUUCUAGGUGACAUGUGGAGGAUGUCAAAGUGCACAUGCAGCAGCUGUUGGUAUUUUCCUUCUUCUGGAAAUAAUCACAUUUAUGUAUUCUAUGCAAAAAAAUAUUUCACAUCAAUACUUGAAUUAGACAAGCAAGGAGAAGUAGGGAGAAAAAACACAUUGGGUUAGCUACAUCUGGAAUUUCUUGACAUUUUUGUGACAUGAGUCCCUCACUUUCUGGAUCUUCUAAAUCUAUGUUGUAAGUCAACUCUUUUGAGACAGUAACAGUGGAAAACAAGUGAAAUUAAAGGUAGAAUCUUUGAUGUUUCUGCAAAAAAGGUCUAUCGUGAGUCAUCAUAUCUUAACGAUGUGCAAUGGCAGCUGUUUCAUGUGCAGAACGAGGACUAAGAUCACAUUUGCUUCUAAGAGGAGAGCAGCCUGAUAUUUUGACUGGAUAUAACCUGAUUUCAACAAUGUAUGGAAAUGUCAAAUAUGUGCCCAGGUCUGUUUAUGCCAAUAGAGAAGAAACUCUAAAGACCCAUGCAAGUUCAGUGGCAGGUGGAAAUGGAUGCGUUCUUUCACUGUCUGAUAUUCUUGAGGCUCCUUUGACUGAGCAAAUUGUUAGCUCUUCCCAUCCUAUUUCAACUUCAAUGGAUGACCAGAGAAGUUUAGGAAACUUCUCAAGGAAGGUCGUAAUCAUGAAUGAAGGAGCAGGAGAUUCUAUAGCAUUAUUAGGCGUCAUUCGCUUGGUACAUCACUUAUCUCAAAGUCACUUGCUCGGAAAAGAGAAAACCAUGAAAUUUGUUGUAGAUGCUGGUACAGGGACUACGGCUGUUGGUCUAGGACUUGGAGCCAUAUAUUUUGGGCUCCCCUGGAAAAUCACUGCUGUGAUGCUGGCUGAUACACUUGAUAACUACAGAGAAAGGGAGAGGAGGUUGAUCUCUGACUUCAAGAGGCAUUUCAGAUUUGAUCUUGAUCACGCCUUACGUGAAAUUGACAGGGGAGCGGUGCACUGGGUGGAACGAUAUCAUCCAAGAAAAUUCGGCAAUGUAAUUAAAGGUGAAGUAGAAGUAUGCCAGGAGAUUACCCGGCAAACCGGUAUUCUCGUGGAUCCAGUUUAUACUUUGGCAGCUUGGGAGCUGGCAAGUUUGCUUAGUGAAAAGGAAGCAAGAGGUGACGCAGAGGUCGUGAUGCUCCACACUGGUGGCACGCUCGGCAUGUUUGGACUAGCACAAAGAUAUAAGUCCUAUUUUCAGAUGCUGAAAGAUAGGUAGUUGAGCUGUUGAAUAGUAAAACAUGGGUUGUAAUUGUGCAAUUGUCCUCCCUAGUCUGGAAAUCAUUCUUCUCAUGG